GCUUAGUUCCUUCGCCUGUCCCAUGGACGAAUUAUAAUACUACUCAAACAAUUGUUUAGAAAAAAUAGUUUUGGACAGUAAAGUUUCCCAAAUAUGUCUAAAUUACCAAAGUUAUUUAACCUUAUAUCAAAACGCAGUAUCUCAUUAUCGGCUACUCUGGAGGGCAAAAGGAAUUUUCGGAAAUUUGUAAUACCCAACAAGAGGGGCAGUCGCUUGCAUAAACAAAGGCAAGCCAGUUCAGAACCUGAACUUCCGAUUGAUAAAAGAGGAGUCCGUGAUGUUGGAUAUAAUUUAAAUGGCUGCUUUGUUCAGGUACCUGAAAUGAUUCCAGAAUUGAUUGUACCCGAUUUGACAAACUGUGAAUUAAAACCCUAUGUUUCAUACAAAGCAGCUGAUGUUGUACAAAGCGAAUUUACACCUGAACAAUUAUUUGACGCUGUAUAUAGUAAAAAAAUUGUCACAGAUUUCAAACAAGGCAAACUCAAUGAAGAUGGAACUCCACAACAACCAUCUGAUGAAGAAAGUUUGCAACCAGAAGAGGCUGUAGCCCGUGCUAGACGAACGGGUUCAGACAUUUUCUAAACUAGUUGUAGUUCUGUUGUGGUAUAGUUUCAAGUAGGUAAAUAAUUAAAUUAUAAUACUUAAUAAAAAUUGUUAUUUAAAAUAUUUUUUCAU